AUGGGUCUGCCGAGUUUGUCAAAGGCUUUGAUUAGUGCUUACAUUGGAGUGAGUAGUACUUUAGAACACUUGGAUCCCGAGUAUUUCGUAUGCGGGAAGCUGAUCGAUAAAUCCGAUGUCUAUUCUUUUGGGUUGGUACUACUGCAACUACUCUGUGGCAGAAAAACAUUAGAGAAGCGGCAUCUUCUUGAGUGGGUCAGAAAAUGCAAACGAGAAGGGACCAUCAAUGAAAUAGUUGAUCCGUACCUGAUGGGGAAGAUAGCACCAGAGUGUUUCAAGAAAUACGUCGACAUUGCCACUUCUUGUGUGCAAAAAAAGGGAAAGAAUCGUCCCACGAUUGGUGAGGUAGAGGUAAUACUUGAACACGCAAUGGAGUUACAAGAGAGUGCUGAUGCUGCGAUGAAGGAUGUGGAUCCUGGUGGUGAUCAUUAUAACUAUCCCAUCGUUGAAUAUACCUGUAGUGCUUCUCCACCUGAGUCUGAGCUAGAGGAAUCUGUUUCAGAUUCAGAUAUCACUGCCACGAUAUGGGAAAAUUUUUAA